GGGGAAGGAAGAAAUAAAAAGAAGCAGCAGCAGCAGCAGAGGACGCGCCUUAUAAUCCUCGACUGCUGCCCAACUCACAAACCACACCACAAACCAACCACUUCCUCACCUUCUUUCCCUCUCUUCUCUUCGCACUUCAGCAUGUCUACCGCGCCAUCCUCACAGGGCAUGGGUCCAGUCUACAUCGGCAGCACCAAAUUCCCCGCUCGUUCAGACACAAAGAACAUCCUCAUCACGGGUGGAGCGGGCUUCAUCGCCUCGUACGUCGUCAGGCAUUUCGUUCACCAGUACCCAGAGUACAACAUCAUCUCCUACGACAAGCUCGACUACUGUGCAUCGCGCAACAACACCGCUGCUCUCGACGGCAAGGACAACUUCACCUUUGAACAAGGAGACAUCACCAAUCCCGAGCAGACCCUUGCUGUCCUCAAGAAGCACAACGUCGAUACCAUCAUGCACUAUGCUGCUCAGUCUCACGUGGACUUGUCCUUUGGUAACUCCUACACCUUCACCAACAACAACGUCCUCGGCACACACGUCCUCCUCGAGUGUGCCCAGAAUGCUGGUGUCAAGCGGUUCAUCCACAUCUCAACAGACGAGGUGUACGGUGAAGUUGAGGCAGAUGGUGAUGACUUGCUCGAGACGGCCCUCUUGGCACCCACCAACCCUUACGCUGCUUCCAAGGCCGCUGCAGAGAUGAUUGUCAAUGCGUACUACAAGUCCUUCAAGCUCCCCAUCAUCAUUGUGCGUUCCAACAACGUCUAUGGUCCUCACCAGUACCCGGAGAAGGUCAUUCCAAAGUUCUCUUGCUUGUUGAACCGUAAGCGCAAGGCCAUCCUUCACGGCGAUGGUUCACCUACCCGUCGUUACUUGUUUGCCGGUGAUGCUGCUGAUGCCUUUGACACCAUCUUCCACAAGGGCAGCAUUGGUCAAAUCUACAACAUUGGCUCACGGGAUGAAAUCUCCAACAAGGAUCUCUGUGGUUUACUCAUGGAUCAAUUUGGUUUGCCACGAGCAGAUUGGGAUAAAUGGGUUGAGCACACGCACGACCGUCCCUUCAACGACAUGCGUUACGCUGUUGAUGCUGCCAAGAUUACAGCUUUGGGAUGGACGCAAAAGACUUCGUUUGCAACAGGUCUCAAGUUGACUGUGGAUUGGUACAAGACUUACGGAGAGUCUUGGUGGGGUGAUAUCUCCCACUGCUUAUCAGCAUUCCCCUUGGCUGACGUGCACCAUGAAGAGCCUAAGCUCGGUGCCCCUGGUGAGACGGUCCAGGUGUAAUUUGGGUAAUCAACAUCAAGGGCAAGUCCUUUUUGCAUUGGACAUACGGAGUAGACCUUCAUUCCUCAUUAUAGACAUAAGUCGACGUUUGACUGUAGAAGUUCAUUCGCGCAAA